AAAACUAACCUGCCCAGGCUACCAGUUUGUACUCAGUACUGUUAAAGUGGAAAAAGAUGAUGCUGUAUCAGCGUGUAGUCAACAUGGAAUGAAUCUGCUGAGUAAGAAAUGGGUCCAGGACAUGCAGGACAAUACGUGUUUCCAGGAGGGGAUCGCACACUAUCGAACUCAAGGCGUCGAGAACAUUUGGGUUAAGAAGCAGAAAAAAAACAAGUUCCUGACGUACAAUUUCACCACCAAGCAAGUUGGGCGACCACAAAGGCAAUCAAACGCCUAUAUUUGUGGCAGCAAAGCGCCCAAAGAACAAAUUUGUCCAGGCUUCAAGUUGGUCAUCAGUACUGACAUGGUGACCAAGGAUACCGCUAAAUCAGCGUGUAUACAACAUGGAAUGAAUCUGCUUUUAAAAAAUUGGGCCCUGGAAAUGCAGAAGGAUGCGUGUUUCCAGGAGGGGAUCGCACACUAUCAAACUGAAAACAUCGAGAACAUUUGGGUUAAGAAGCAGAAUAAAAACAAGAUCCUAGAGUACAAUACUCGCAGGAACACGAUUAGUUCUACACAAUCCAGUUCCAACACCUAUAUCUGUGCCAGUAAAAUUACUACUUGCCCCGUGCCAUCGAUUGUCAACGGAGCAAGCCAACGUGACAUGGUCGUCUUCCCCGGCUCUGCCCAGUACUCUUGCUCACCUGGUUACUUGCUGGCGGGUGACGCUAGGCCAAAAUGCACUCACGACGGCCAGCUGAGUUCAGUACCAUCCUGCACUAGGGUAGAAUUCUGCAACGACACACACAUAUAUCUCUACCGACCUACCAAUGAAAAAAUGGACUAUUUCAGUGCAGAGCGCGCAUGCGCUGAGCAAGGAGCGGAGUUGCCGGGCGAUAAGGCAGUCCGAAGUUGCAAAAACAAGAAAAUGCUCACCUCUGAGGGCACUGUGUGGCUGGCGGGAGGCAAAUACAAAUUUUGGGACGCUUGUUCCUCUGUUCAAGCCUGCACCCAGAAGAACAACCAACCCGCUCACGUUCUGUGUCAAGUCAAGGUACAAUUGUUUUGUCAGUCUUCCACCACGUAUCUGACGGCCGUCGGACCUCUUAUCGAGUCCGAACGAAAUGAUCAUCAUAAACGGAGCUUAUGCAGCAGCACGAAAGGACAGGAAUGGGUAGGCGACUCCACCCAUCUUGAGAAUCCUGACUUUCAAGGCUGCAUCCGACAAUUGACUGCCCUGGCAAGCAGGGUUCCCGGCCUAAUCGAUCUUGUCAUCUGUACAACCACUAAUCAGUGGCAAAUUGAUCCAAUGAACAGACUGGUAGCAUUCUGGGCUGGUCCGCAGAACUACGAGCAGGCACGGUCAACGUGCCUAGAACACCGCAUGAUUUUGCCAGGCAUUUCACAAGGCGCGUCCUUAAUGAAGUUUGUUUCUCAAUCGCUCAACGGCAAUCACGCAUGGAUUGAAGGUCUACCAAGUCGUUUGAGGUUGGGAACAGAUAUGAUGCCACACGAUCCACGUAGUACCACAUUCAACACUACAAUCUGUACUAUGGGUGAGUAA